CUUCUUCUUCUUCCCGACUCUUCCCCCCGAAGCUCCCCUUAAGCCACCGACUUCUUCCUCCUUUGAAAACCAGUAGAAGACUUGAAAUUUCUUCUUUCCUUCUUGUUCAAGAAUUGAUUUGGGGCUUAGAAUCUUCCCUCUCAACCUAGAAAUCCCGGAUCUGCUCUGCUUCUUCCUCCCUUGUCCGUCGGGUUCUGCUGGGUUUGAAUCCUUCGGCUUUUUCUGGUAAGAUUUAGCCAUGAAUUCAUCUCUUUAGCUUUGAAUUUGGCUUGGGUUUACCUUGAAUUGUGUUUUGGUUUUUGGAUUGGGUAGCCGCGAGUUCCCCUGCAGAAUUUCUUCUUCUCUGCCGCCGGCUUCUCCCCCCUGCUAGGCUCGGUUUUGCUUGUUAAAUUCUGGUUUUGAUCGUUCUGUCACCGUAGCACUUGGGUUAGCCUUCUGUUCUGUGCGAGUAAGGUAAGUAAAUCAUGGUAAAGCCCUUCGAUUUUAAAGCAUGUUUUAAACUGUUUUUGAGAUGGUGGCAAGGUUUAAAUUGAUUUUAAAUUGAUUUUAUCAGCAUCUGAGGGUGAUUAAACUGAAAUGAGAAUUUGGAUGAUUUUCAUGAGAAUUUCCUUGUUUUUUUCUGAAAUUGAGCAUGAUUGGAAUGAAAAUAAGGAUUUUAUUGAUUUUCUGGAAAUGAGCCUGAUUGAGAAAUGAAAAUGAGAAUUUCAUUGUUUUUCUGGAAUAGAGCAUGCCUAUUUGGGAAUUGACUGAACUGCUUUGAUGAACUGAGAAUUUUGUAAAUGUUGAGUUUUCUGUUAAAUCCAUGCCCGCAUGGAAAUUUUCCAGUUUGUUCUGAAAUUCGGGAUUGAUUGUGAAAUUGGGGUUUUUUCUGUAAUCCUACAUGGUUUUGUCUCUGAUAUAGUCAUGAAUUCCGAUCCCCGCUAGUGGGUGUGUAGCAUCCCUGAUCCCCACUAGUGGGUGUAACGCUAGCACUCCUGAUCCCCGCUAGUGGGUGUGUAGCAUCCCUGAUCCCCGUUAGUGGGUGUAACGCUAGCAUAUGUCGACAUGUUUAUUGAUAUGACCGGUUUAUUCUGACGCCUGCCAUUGGGCGAAUACAUUGGCAAAUUUCUGUCGCCUGCCAGUGGGUUGUUAUAACACUGGCCAUGACUUAUAGAUGAGACGACUGAACUGAGUUUUCUUCUGCAUUAACGAUUUGCCAGGAAACGUUUUGUUAUUGAACCGAAUUUGAUUUUCGCAUUAACAGUUUAUCAGUGAAAGUUCUGUUAUGGUUACAUGGUUUAUCUGGCAUGUUAAAAGUUUUACCCAGGGGCUAUCCAUAUUUACUUACUGAGUUAUCUCAUAGUUUUCCUUGUCCACCAUUUCAGGAAGCGAUACCGAGGACGGGGAAAUCAAGGGGAGUGACGAGUUAGAAGGCUAUCCAUUUCGAGAUUGAUAUAGAUUUAGAAAUAAGUCAUGAUCCUAUAAGCUAGAGUGUAUUUGGAGAUUUUAUGAUAUCAGAGCAGAUUGUAAAAAUUUGAUCUUGAGAUUUUGUGGUAUCAGAUUGUGAUUUAAAUAAGUUCCAAGCCUUGUGCACUUGUGGGACCCGUCUCACGAGUGCACGGCGUCUGUCGCGUCUCGGAUUUGGGUUCUGGGGCGUGACAAUUGUAAUGGAUUAUAAUGAUAAUUUUUAAAUUUACCACAAAUUUUUAUCAGUAAAAACCCUUUCUCUUG